AUGGUUGCCCUUACCCAUUCACUCGUCUUAGCCUUGGCCUCGGCCUCAACGGCGUGGAAGAUCGGAGCUGAGAAAUGUGAUGCCUAUAGCCACUACAUCAACUAUACCACGGUCCCAGGAUUUUUCCUGCAGGACGAAGCCAGCACUGACCCAUCAAGUUUUGACUACACGACGGUCAGCUUUGGUCUCCUCAACAGGACUUACCCCACCGACUCGUCCUAUGGGAGCAGAGUCCUGAACCAGACUCAAUGGCAGCGCUUCUCAGCUUAUGUUGAUGCCUUAAACACAAACUCGAGUGACGAUGUCGCGUACAAGGUUCUCUUUCUGGCAAGGCACGGGGAAGGCUAUCAUAAUGCCGCUGAGACGUUCUAUGGCACUCCUGCCUGGAAUUGCUACUGGGCCGAACAGGAAGGCAAUGCCAACGCCACCUGGAGGGAUGCUCUGUUGACUUCGGAUGGCAUCGCGCAGGCUGAGAAGGCCAACACGUUCUGGGGUAGCCAAAUCGGCUCAGUUGGGCUUCCAGCACCGGAGUCGUAUUAUACCUCACCGUUGCGGCGAUGUCUGUACACCGCAAACAUCACAUUUGGUGGCCUAGAUCUUCCUGCAGACAGACCAUUCACCCCAACUAUCAAGGAGUUUUUUCGGGAGGGCAUCAGCAUCCAUACAUGUGACAGCCGAUCCAGCCGCACACACAUCUCCAGUCUCUUCCCCUCAUGGGAGUUCGAGCCAGGCUUCCCCGAGCAAGACCCCUACUGGAAUGGCAUCACGGGCGAAGACUCCUCCAGCCAAGCAGCCCGCACCAAGAUUGUGCUUGACCAGGUCUUCAGCGAGGACGACGCGACGUGGGUCUCCGUGACAAGCCACUCGGGCGAGAUCUCGACUAUCCUCUCCGUGCUUGGACACCGGGCGUUCCGCCUUGCGACGGGCCAGGCGAUACCGGUGCUUGUGAAGGCCGAAAGGCUCUAUCAGGCAUAUCCGUCUGCGACUGUUGCGGGCUGGACAUCUCAGGCGACGUGCACUGCCCCACCAGUUACCAGUCUCGCCACAGGCGGGUGUAUUUGUUCUAGCGCGACGGCGACAGCUACUGCGACGGAGCUCGCAAGGAGAGGCUAG